AGGCGGGGCCGUAAGCGGGGCUGCAAAUAGCGCAGGGACCUUCCUGUCCCAGCGCCCCCGACUCCGGCUCCCUGUGUGCUCCGGGGUCAGUCCCCGCCUGCAGCCCCGGGGUCCGGAGGGGCCCGGCCCGGCCCGGCGGUGAGCGGGGCACCGGGGAGGCGCGGAGAAGCGCCGCCGGAGGAAGCUCUCGGGGCAGGGAGAGACGCAGCAGCAGAGGCAGGAAAUCGCUGCCCGGAGAAGUGGCUGCAGAGACCAGGGGAUCCGAGCCCGACCUGCAGUGGGGACCGGAGAGACCCCCCAGCUCCGGGGCAGCCCGGGGUGGGAGUUUCGGGGCGGCUUUUUGAAGGGUUUAAUGGUAAUUUAUCAAAUCAGGACUUCCUCUCUUUCCUCCCUUGCAGGCAGGAUUCCUGGUCCCUGACUCCGGGAUCUCCGGGAUGGAGCGCGGGGACGAGCCGUGUGUCCGGGAUCUCCAGGGCACCGAGGAAAGGGAGACCCUGGCCGUCACUUGCACAGGUGCAGAAGCGAAGGAGAAUCCCCAGCAGGAAGAGUGUAUGGGAGCGGACCCACAGGGGAUGCCCCAAAGCCCCGAGCGGAGAGAUGCUGGCCGGCCAGAAUGGCAGCAGGGAGACUCCGUGGAGGAGAGACCCGAUGAGUGUGAAGCAUAUGGGAUCCCUGAAAACAUCAUUAUUCUGGAAACCACCUACAUGGGAGAGAGACCCUAUAAAUGCCUUGUCUGUGGGAAAUCCUUCAGCCAGAGCUCCCACCUUGUCCAGCAUCAGCGGAUCCACACCGGGGAGCGACCCUACAACUGCCCCGACUGCGGGAAGAGCUUCAGCCAGAGCUCCCACCUCGCCCAGCACCAGCGCAUCCACACCGGGGAGCGGCCCUACCAGUGUGUUGAAUGCGGGAAGAGCUUCAACCGCAGUCACACGCUGGCUAAGCACGUCCGCACUCACAUGGGCUCACAGCCCUACAUCUGCCCUGAGUGCGGGAAGAGCUUCAGUCUCAGCUCCCUCCCUCAGCACCUGCGAUCUCACCUGCCCGGGAAGCUCUACACCUGCUCUGAUUGUGGGAAGGGCUUCAGCAGCAGCUCCAACCUGGCCCAGCACCAGCGCACCCACACGGGCGAGCGGCCCUACAAAUGCUCGGACUGUGGGAAAGGCUUCAGCCAGAGCUCCAACCUGGUGAAGCACCAGCGCACCCACACGGGGGAGAAGCCCUACAACUGCACCGAGUGCGGGAAGUGCUUCACCCAGAGCUCCACCCUCAUCCAGCACAGGCGGAUCCACCGGGGCGAGCGUCCCUACAAGUGUCCCGAGUGCGGGAAGAGCUUCGGCCUCAACUCGUCGCUGGGGAAGCAUCUGCGCAUCCACACCGGGGAGCGGCCCUACAAGUGCACGGAGUGCGGGAAGAGCUUCAACCUGAGCGCCAACCUCAUCCAGCACCAGAGGAUCCAUCGUGGAGAGCGGCCCUACAAAUGCCCUGAGUGUGGGAAGUGCUUCAAUCUGAAGUCCACCCUGGUCAAACACCUGCGCACCCACACAGGAGAGAGACCCUAUAAAUGCACCCAGUGUGGGAGGAGUUUCAUCGACAGCUCCAAGCUUAGCAAACAUGCCAGGACCCACGUGGCAGAGCAGUCUCCGCAGGAGGUGCAAUAAGGUCUUGCAUAGCUCUGUCUUGGCCCUGGUGCGACUGCUGCUGGAAUAGUGGUACUAAUUCUGGUGACCACAGUUAAAGAAGGAUGUUGAUAAAUUGGAGCGGCGUCGGAGAAGAAGGAUUAUGAGGGGUCACUAGAAUGAUGAAAGGAUUGGAAAACCUGCCUUAUAAUGAUAGAUUGAGCUCCUUCAGUCUAUUUAGCUUAACAAGGAGCAGGUUAAGGGGUGACUUGGUUACAGUCUAGAAGUAUCUCCAUGGGGAACAAAUAACUCUUCAGGCUAGCAGCGAAAGGUCUGACUCGAUCCAAUGGCUGGAGGUUGAAGCUAGACAAAUUUCCAAUGAGAAACAAGGCACAAUUUUUUAACACUGAGGGUAAUUAGCCAUUGGAACAAUUUGUCAAGUGUCAUGGUGGAUUCUCCAUCACCAG